AUGCCUGCAACUCAUCAUCAAGAGACAUUCUCACUAGAGCUGACCGUGGAAUUGUUCGAGCAAGCAAACGAUAUGGGAAUGAUGGCCAAGGAUCAUGUAUGGAUCGUGAAUGACGACGUCACCGCCCUCCUCGACUCCACUCUCACCCCUUCCUUCAUCUCUUCCUACAUGCAAGGCGUGAUCGGAAUCAGCACCUACUUCAACACCACCACCAGCUCCUACCACGCCUUCUCUUCUGAUUUCCGGCGUCGAUUCAAGCAAGAGUACGAGCUCAAAGGGGAGCAUCUUUUCGAACCAGGGAGGCAUGCAGUCGGAGCAUAUGAUGCAGUGCACGCUAUCGCCAACGCAGCAGCAGCAAUAGCAACUAAGGCUGAGACCGGAAGUGUCACAACGUUACAAGGUAUCCUCUCGACCAACUUUACUGGUUUGAGCGGCUUUAUAGAAUUCACAAGAGAUGGGCUUUUACCUGAGUGGAGAGGCCACUCGACCUUUCGUGUGCUAAACGUAGUAGGGAAGAGUUACAAGGACCUAGGGUUUUGGUCAGAAGGACAUGGUUUCUUUGAGAACGAAGCAGACAUAAGCCGCCCUGGGGGAGUAGUAGAUGUCUUGCGUCCAGUUUUCUGGCCGGGAGACACAGACAAGAUCCCAGGAGGAUGGGGAACGUUGAAGAUUGGAAUACCUAAUGCCACAUCCUUCGAUCAAUUCGUUAAGGUGGAGUAUGACAAAGAUGGGAAGCUGCAGCCUACUGGAUUCUGCAUGGAUGUCUUCCGGGAGAUUCUGAAACACCUCAACUAUGAUCUAAUUUAUGAGUUCGAAGCUUUCAAUGGCUCCUAUGAUGAUCUCGUUAAGAAGGUCCCUUCCCAGGAAGUGGAUGCUGUGGUGGGGGACAUCACAAUCCUAGCAAAGCGGGCAGUGAAUGCUACGUUUACUGAGCCCUUCCUCUCAUCCGGCCUUUCCAUGUUGGUCCCUGUGAAGCCUAACCACACGCCAUGGAUGCUCACGAAGCCAUUCACCAAGGAGGUGUGGUUUCUGAUCCUUGCCACCCUCGUCUACACCGCGGGCGUCGUCUGGUACCUGGAGCGCGAGAGCAACCCCGAGUUCCACGGCACUCCGUGGGUGCAGCUCCGAGCUACGCUUUGGCUAAUCCUCUCCAGCAUCUUCUUCGCCCACGGUGAGCAAAACCGGAGCCGCCUGCCGUCGCAUAGCAUCUUCGGCUGUUUAACUUGUAACUCGAUUUAUUUUCACCGUGAAGAUAGGGUUUAUAGCUAUUACACGAAAACAGUGGUUAUAGUUUGGCUUGUCGUGGUGUUGAUCUUGACGACCAGCUUCACGGCCAACCUCAGCUCCAUUUUAAUCAUUGAGAAGCUGGAACCGGUGCCACCAGGCAGUAGGGUUGGCUGUGAUGGAGACUCGUUCGUUCUCAAGUACCUUCAGCAAGUGUUGCUCUAUAACAAUAGCAGAAUUGAGACGAUUGGCGAACCAGAAGAAUUCGUCAAAGCCUUCAAGAGUGGGAACAUCACGGCGGCCUACCUCGAGACGCCGUAUCUCAGGGUCUUCCUCUCCCAGCAUCAAGAUUUCAGUGUCAUUGGGGAGACACACAGGCUCGGAGGCUUCGGCUUUGUGUUCCCUAAACAUUCUCUUCUGGCGGACGACUUCUCCGAAGUCAUACUACAACUAGCAGAGAACGGGACACUGAAAGAGCUGGAAAACAAAUGGUUCACCUUUACCUUGUCCAACUCCCCCCCACUGGACGACAAGAGGGAGAGAGACAGCCUCAGCCUGGACUGCUUCUGGGCACUUUUCCUCUUCACGGGCUGCACCUCCACCAUCGUCUUGCUUCUGAACGGGACCGGCACAUUGGUAGCAGUCCUGCGCCGCAGCUUUAUGGUGCUUUGGCGUUCCACCAGAAAUCUCAGUCCAAGAGAAGGUUUAGAGCUUCCCAAGGUGGUGCCGAUAUCUUCACACCAAGAAGAUAAUCAUCAUGCAAACACUACUGAUAUCGUUUAA